CAAGCCACCCAUUGAACCGAAUAUGGACUACAAAACGCUGGAAGAGAGGCUUGGUGUACCCGAUGAGAAGGACAGAGUCAUUGAUGUAGAAACUGAUCUGUUAAGAGAAGUGGCUAUAGCCUCAAUGAAACUGAAGAAAUUGCAAAGGGAUCGUGCAUUUUUAGAAAAGACAUUGCAGGCAACAGUGGAAGAAAUAAAGGCCACUGGAUCAUUCCACGUGUUAAGCAGAACUGUUCUCCAAGAGAUAUUGGUCCAAAUGGAAGAGAAAGACCUUAUAGAACAAGAAGAGCGAAAUUCAGAGGAAGUAAAAUAUCUGCAGGCAAAGAUUGUUGAAGAAGCAAAAGAAAUUCAUGACAAGCUUUAUCAGAGGGAUGAAAUUAUUGCAAAACUAAAGGAUCAAAUGCAAGAUGUGAUGUUUGACAGCGAAAUGCAGCUCAGAUAUGUCGAUCACUGGGAAAGGGCAAGGCAAAGUCAGAAUCUUCUCAAAUAUAAUCUACAAGAGAGACAUCUUACUGAAGCUAUCGAGGAACUUGAGGGACAAAGCAGUACUGAGGUCAAAGUUGGUGAGGCUGUUGAACGAUACAUAAAUGAAUCACAAAAUAAACUUCUGCAAGAAAUAGACGAUUGGCAACAUAGAUACAUCACUGAACUUGAAGAGAGGCAGCUCCAUAUCUCAAAACUGACAGAACAGCGUGAGCAGCACUUCCAGGAACUGGAGGACCUUGCGGUUCUGUAUCAGAAACACCAAGAAGAAAUAAGAGACUACCUAGAAUUUGUAGCUGAAAGAGAACGAAAGGCAGCUGAAGAAAUUUUUAUAAAUAUGACCGCUACAAGAAUACAAGCCUGGUGGAGGGGCACAAUGGUUCGCAGGGGUCUAGGUCCAUAUAGAAAGAAAAAGGGCAAAGGAAAGGAGAAGGAUGCUAAAGGAAAGAAGGGGAAAAAGUAAUAAUUGUGCCUCACUAGUCAGAAGCCUCACAAAUGACUUACAUAGUAAAAAUCUCUACAAGUUUAUAAAUGUGAUUAUUCAGA